AAACAUAAACAAUCAAUGCCAAGAAUAUGAUGAUGAAGCAGCAUCAGUUUAUACAGUACAUAAUGUAAUACAUAAUUUCAGCUCUGUCUUUAUAUUUUCCCAGUGUUUAAUUGGUUUAAACCACAAAACAUGUGAUGUCCGUUCCAGUGGAAUGUGCAAUUUCUCUCUUUCCCUAAAAUAUGCAGAUACGAAGAUUAAUCAGAUUCCGUUUUAUAGCUUUCACAAGGUAAAAUUAAAGUUAUCUCGUGGAAGCUGGUAAAGUGAUCCCUUGGGUGCAUGUACCCCUGAUUGGGAAUCUUUGAUACUCUUUUCAGGAAAACUAAGCUUCCUGUUCCUCAGCAGAAUCUUGUGCAGACUCCUGCAUCUGCUGCCAAGCCAUCCAUCUGUCAAACAACUUUAAUACAGCAAGACUGUAAGAGUUACAAAAUAAAGUUGACUAUUGAUCACUUAUCAGUUUAUCUUAUCUUGACCACAUGCUCAUCUGAAACAGAAGCGAUGACCAAGGACGAGCAAGCUGGUGGCCAGCAUCUCCCUCUCCUGCCUGUAUCUCUUUUCUGUCCUCUUUCCCUCCCAUCAUCUGUCUCUCUCAAUCUCUAGAGAGGGGUAACCCAGAUUUCAAAAAUGAAUUGCUGCUUAUUUCUCCUGAACUACUCCCUCCUCUCUCACGCUCUCUCUCUCUCUCUCUCUCUCUCUCUCUCUCUCUCUCUAUCACACUUUAACUCAUCCUCUUUUUGUUGGUAAAAACAGAAUCAAUCUUGGAAAGUGAAAAUCGCCUCUUUUCCUCACCCCCCUCUAUUGGAUGAAGGAAUAUACGUCCAGUCACUUCGUCCUGCAUCUUCUCGGUUUUCUUGGAAAGCCGCUGUAUCAUCCUUUAACUCUUUGGGUUUUUUUUGGGCUUGGAUUUUUUUUAUUGCAGGUGUUCUGUGAGGUUGAUUUUCUACUUUUCACAAGUUAAGGAUUGAUUGUAUCGAAUAACAAGAGACUUGAAGUGAGAGGAGGCGACAGGUGAGGAAGAGGAGUAACUCGCCUUCCUCAUAUCUCUGCCAUACUGUCAUAUACACAGGCUUUUUAAUCUAUUUUUUCACUCCCUUUAUAUAUAUCCCUGUUUUUUGCUGUGCUCUGCUCUCUUCAGCUGGUAGGAUGUCUACACCAGUCUCUCCAUCUCCAUCGCUCUCUCCACUUGCCCUGUCCUCCCCAUCUCCCACCUCUUCCCCCCUCCCCUCUCCUCUUUCUCCUCCGCCCAGACUCCCAGUCUUCCAGAGGAAGGGAGCACUCAAACACAAGAGGGUCAUCGAAGUGAAGGACCACCAGUUCACUGCCCGGUUCUUCAAGCAGCCCACUUUCUGCAGUCAUUGCACAGACUUUAUCUGGGGAAUUGGAAAGCAAGGAUUCCAGUGUCAAGUCUGCAGUUUUGUGGUGCACAAACGCUGUCAUGAGUUUGUCACUUUUACUUGUCCUGGGGCCGUCACUGCACCUAAAGCAGAGGAUCUCAAGAGUAAACACAAAUUUAAGGUACAUACAUACUCCAGUCCCACCUUUUGUGAUCACUGUGGGUCUCUGCUCUACGGUCUCAUACAUCAGGGCAUGAAAUGUAGCAGUUGCGACAAGAACGUACACAAGCGCUGUGAGAGCAGCGUCCCCAGCCUCUGCGGACAGGACCACACCGAAAAAAGGGGACGAAUUCGUCUGACCGUACGUGGAGAGAAAGAGGAUUUAUUUGUUACAGUACAUGAAGCACAUAAUCUGAUUCCAAUGGACCCUAAUGGCCUGUCUGACCCUUACGUGAAGCUCAAACUCAUCCCUGACCCAAAGAGCCAGAGCAAACAGAAAACCAAAACCAUCCGUUCUACACUCAACCCUAUCUGGAACGAGAGCUUUACUUUUUCAGUGCGCGGGAGGCAGUGGGACAGACGUUUGUCUGUAGAGGUCUGGGACUGGGAUCGUACCUCACGGAAUGACUUCAUGGGCGCCCUGUCAUUUGGCGUUAGUGAAAUAUUUCGACGUUCUGUCAGCGGCUGGUUUAAACUUCUCAAUCAGGAUGAGGGAGAGUAUUAUAACAUCCCUGUUCCUGACCCAGACCUGCAGGUGCCACAAGAAGUUAUUGAUCCCUCUAUUCCUCCCGUUACUGCCUCCUUGAUGGGACCUGUGACUGCUGUGACCACGUCUGCUUUGAGCCAGGCUCCUAAAGGCCAAGGUCGAAUCGGACUGCAUGAUUUCAACUUCCUCAUGGUUCUGGGCAAAGGAAGUUUUGGCAAGGUGUUAUUGGCAGAGGAGAGGGGAAGCGAGUGUCUGUUUGCAGUGAAGGUGUUGAAGAAAGACGUGCUCUUUCAGGAUGAGGAUACAGAAAGCGCAAUGGUGGAGAGGAGAGUGCUGGGCCUGACGGGACGUCCACACUUUUUGACCUCUCUAUACUGCGCCUUUCAGACUGAGGAUCGUCUGUAUUAUGUUAUGGAGUAUGUGAACGGCGGUGAUCUCAUGUAUCACAUUCAAAUCGUCGGGAAGUUUAAAGAACCACAUGCGGCGUUUUAUGCUGCUGAGAUAGCUGUGGGUCUUUUCUUCCUGCACAACAAAGGCAUUAUAUACAGAGAUUUAAAGCUGGACAAUGUCUUGCUAGACAGUGAAGGUCACAUAAAGAUAGCAGAUUUUGGGAUGUGUAGAGAGGGCAUGAUGGGGGGAGACACCACUCGGACAUUCUGUGGCACACCAGAUUACAUUGCACCUGAGAUUGUGGCAUACCAGCCAUAUAGUAAGGCAGUAGAUUGGUGGUCAUAUGGAGUCCUGCUGUAUGAGAUGUUGGCUGGUCAGCCUCCAUUUGAUGGCAUAGAUGAGGAGGAGCUGUUUCAGUCCAUCAUGGAACAGAGCGUUUCAUAUCCUAAGAGUCUGUCUCGGGAGGCGGUGGCCAUCUGCAAAGGGCUUUUGACCAAGAACCCUGCUAAGCGUUUGGGUGGAGGAGAGGAUGCAGAGAGAGAGAUACGGGAACAUCCAUUUUUCCGCUGGAUAGACUGGGACCGACUUGAGAGACUGGAGAUACAGCCUCCCUUCAAACCUAGAAGUGGUGGUCGAAAAGCAGAGAACUUUGAUAAGUUUUUCACAUCUGCCCCUUCUGUCCUUACGCCCUCUGACCCGGAUGUACUGGCAGCCGUAAAUCAAGAGGAAUUCCAAGGCUUCUCCUACAUGAAUCCAGACUUUCCCUCCUCAUCACCUCUCACAGCCAUAUGAGAAAAUCCAAAUCAACCAGCACCAAUCAUCAUUUGAAUCUUGUCUGCUUGUUAUCAUAAUCUAAACUACAGUGACCAAAAAUGCAUUGUGUAGUUUAGCUUCAGCUGGCUCGCACUAGGAUUCAGUUUCCGUAAGACCAGCAAUCACUUUAUACAGCAUCACCACACUAUUCAUUCAUUAGUAAGAAUUUUAAUAAUAAGGUAUAUAUAUAUAUAUAUUUAGCCGGUCCACCCAGAAGGUAACACAUUGAACUAGUUAAGAGUCAUGUCCUUAUCUGAUUGGACCGCAGAAUCUCUUUGGGUUUCCCAUUGCAUGCUAGUGGUUGCCAUGACCCAGUUACGUAGGCUAUUACUGACAUUUCCCCCAAGUUUUAAAGCUCACCUUUAGCUGAUUAUUUCAUUUCAGGUAAUGCAAAUGAACAAAUGUGGUUUUGCUUGUUUUUACACAAGAUCCUGUUUGCUCCUGGUUUAUUUAACCAAACAAGUGAAGAUAGGGGAAUAAACAUUGGUAGCAUCUGAAAACUGAUAUACAAACACAGUAUAUGAUUUAGGCCUUACACAUGUGAUAGCUUGCAAAAAAAAACUAAUACCAUAGCAUAUAAACAUGUUUGUGACUUAAAUGUUAGAUUAUAUCAAUCUGUAGAUGCUCAAUAAACUUUGCAUUAUUUUAGCAUUGUACAAAUUUGAGUGUUUAGGAUCAGUUUCCAUCCACACCAUGAAUGAUAUUAAAAAACAUAGUAUUAACAUAAAAUAAAAAUACAAAAAGUCGUAUGAAGAAAAGGCAACCUCAGCUGUUAUUUAGCAAAUAUUUAUUUAUAUUGCACAGUAAUCUAUGAAUCACUCUUAUAUGACUUUUCACCUCUGGGGUUUCUGAAAUGUACUUGUCUUACAUAGUCGCAAUCAUGAGGCUUGACCUGAAAAGACCCGAGUGUGCAUGCUGUGCCAAAACUGUCCAUCUAAUGUCACCGGAAAGUUGCACUGACGACAAAAAUACUGCCAAAAGAAGAGCAGAAACAUUUCGAGGAGGUGAGGAGGGAUGAUGUAUAGAUGUGAAACAGAAAUGUGUGAAGACAAGAGAGGAAUUGAGAUCUGGAGGUAAGGAAAGAGGGUCAUACUGUGUUAAAGCAGUUCUUAAAAAUGUGGAAGAAAAACAUUUUCUUUAUCUGUAUUUAAGUAUUUUAUUCAGUGUAUAAUUUAAGAUAUUUAAAUUAUAUAUUACAUAUUAAUUAUUCAAGUCUUAAUAUUAUCCACACUUUGAUUCUCAUGUGAAAUGUGUUGUUUUAAGCAUGUUUAGGCCUUUUUUGCUGGGAAUACUGUUCAUACUGAAAACACUCAUUAAAACAAUUAUUUUCUGCAAUGUAGGAGUGUUUGUCUUUGGUUUAUAUAUGAAAUUUUCAGCUUUACUUUAUUUUAAGAUGUCCUAGUUGUUACAGGGUAAUUAUGCGUUAAAGUACUGAAAUAUUAAUCAACACCAUGUACUUACUGCAGGGUUAGGGUUUGCUUUAUGUUUAGUUGCAUGUACUUAUUCAUAAUUUACUGUUAUUACUAUAAUGAGUACAUGUAAUGUGUAACAAAGACACUGUAAAAUAAAAUGGUACUACAUUUUCCAGUU